UACUCCCUGUGGAGCGGUAGGUGGCGGUAACGCGCCGUUAAACUUGAAGCCAACCGUCGUGACGAGAAGAAGAAGAAGAAGAAGACUGUAAACGAAACUUAACUUCCAGCUGCGUCUCAAACUUUGUAACGUGACGAACAGAAACAAAACGUCCACAAGAAGAGAGUCAGCGUCACAGUCCACAUCACCAACAUGGCACAUUACAGAGCUUCAGACCCAAAGAGGGAACAGUUUCGGAGAUACCUGGAGAAAGCCGGUGUUGUUGACAGUCUUACCAGUGUUCUAGUGAGUUUGUAUGAACAACAAGAAAAGCCGACUAAUGCUCUCGAAUUUGUCAAGGAGCAUCUCGGUGCCCCUGGCCUGGCUUCAGCCGACACCGAGGCUCUGCAGCAGGAGGUGAUUGACUUGAGGCAGAGGUGUGCGCGUCUGGCAGAGGAAAACAAAGACCUCAAGACAAAGCUGCGGCGUUAUGAACCAGAAGACGGAGCCACAGCUGAUUAGACCCCAGCAGAGCUUUGACAAAUGUUCUUUUUUCUUGCUCUUGUUUAUAUUGCUGACAUUUUUGAGUCUAAAGACAAAACGACACUGUUAAGUGAAAACCAAGAACUUUCAUGUUGCUGUUUUUUUUUUGUAAAUCUUAGUUACUAAUUUGUUUCUUUAAAAUCUAACUUAUUUUGUACAUGAAUGUAAAUAAGUUUUCUUGUUUGUUCAGUCUCAGAGCAGAAGUGCUUUAUUUUCUUUUUGAAGGCUCUCUUCAAUAACCAGUGUUAAGAUUAAACUGCUGAUAAUAUAUGAACACAAACGCUCUGUCUUAACUCACUUGACAGUGUGGACCAAGACACUUUUAUUUGCAAAGGUCUGGUGUAAGUAAACAGUUGGAAGAAGCUCAGAAAUGUAAGUCGCUGGUCAAAUAAAGCACAGUCUUGUUAUCCA